AUGGCGAAUUUAGCCCCCGCAGACUCUCCCGAGGAGAGCUUCCACAUCCUCAAGAUCGCGAUACAACCCACGGCGUCCUACAACGUGCCUACCCACCACGAACUCCGCCUCCGCCGCAACCGUCCCGCGAACCCCACCGCCGCCGACGCCCGAUCCCUCUUUCUCAAAACGUACCCGCCGACACCACCGAGGCCCAUCUCCGCGCGCUAUUCGCCUCCUCGUCGGCGCGGGCCGCUUCGAGUCGGCCAGUUUCCCGACGAAGGGGGCCGGACGGCCGCCACCGCCACCUCGACCCGGGCCACCGCGCGGGGCAUCGUCACGCUCGACCCCGCCGCCGCCGUCAAGAUGGCCGGCAUGGGCCGCAAGCGGAAGCGAGCGGACGAGGAGGCUGCCGAGGCCCGUCGGGAGCUCGAGGCCCGGCUGCCCGAGAUCUGGACGCGCAAGCUGCACCGCAGCGGAGCCACUGCCGUGGCGCUCCUCGCCGACGAAAAGUCGGUUCAACUCGUUCUCAAGGCCGUCGCUAAGACGGCCCGCACCCAAAAGUACCCCGUAUGGGGCGAGGGCGUCCCCACGGGUGCGCCUUCCCUCGGCGCGCCCUGGCUGCAGGCGCACCUGACGCUGACGCGGGCGGACAAGGUCGAGACCCAGCGUGCCGUGCACGCCUUCUUCGAGGCGUACAAUGCGCGGGAGAAUGAAGCGGCCGAGGCCGCCAAGAGGCUGCGCAACGAGCCGGACGAGGAUGGCUUCGUGACGGUGACGCGCGGCGGACGCACGGCGCCGGCGACCCAGAGCUCGGCCGAAGAGGCCAGGGCCAAGAUGCUCGAGAAGGAGGCGCGCAAGAAGGAGGAGAUGAAGGGCUUCUACAGGUUCCAGCUCAGGGAGAUGAGGAAGGACGAGCAGUCCAAGAUGCUGAGGAGAUUCCAGGAGGACAGGAAGAGGGUGGAGUCGAUGAAGGAGAAGAGGGGCCGGUUCAAGCCGGAGACGUAG